AUGGAUGACGGAUUAAAUGUAACAUAUAUAACUCUUCGUGGAUAUGAGGAAAUGGGCAAAUACAGGUAUUUUUAUUUUUUUAUAAUGUUUACAGUAUAUAUUAUGAUAAUCUUCUUUAAUGUCACUGUUGUGUGCCUUAUUUGGAUACACAAGAACCUUCAUGAGCCGAUGUACAUUUUCAUUGCAGCUCUGCUGCUGAACUCUGUUGUAUUCAGUACUGCUAUGUACCCAGGGUUGUUAAUUGACUUUUUAUCUGAAAAACAGAUCAUAUCAUAUUCAGCCUGUCUCUUUCAGUUUUUUCUAUACUACUCCUUAAGUGGUUCAGAAUUCUUACUGUUGGCAGCCAUGGCCUAUGACAGAUAUGUGUCUAUAUGUAAACCUCUGCAAUAUCCAACUAUCAUGAGAAGAGCCAGAGUGAGUAUUAUGCUGGGUUUAGCUUGGCUUGUGCCUGCUUGUCAGAUCACAGUCUCAGUAAUACUGAGUGCUAAAACAAAACUCUGUAAUUUAUCUUUAAAUGCAAUUUUUUGUAACAAUUCUAUUUACAGUCUCCACUGUGUAACUUCCAGAACACUCUCUUUAUUUGGUAUGUUUGCUCUGGUAAACAUUGCUCUUUUCCCUUUUCUCUUCAUACUUUUUACAUACACCAGAAUACUUGUGAUAUCCUGUCAAAGUUGUAAAGAAGUCAGGAAAAAAGCUGCACAGACCUGUUUACCACACGUGAUAGUUUUAGUUAGCUUUUCCUGUUUGUGUGCAUAUGAUGUCAUGAUAGUUCGACUGGGAUCUGAUUUUCCAAAAACUGUACGUUUAUAA